GUAUGGCACAGUGGCAUCUGUGUAAUUAUUUUUUACUGGUCUGCUUUCUAUCAAAACUGCUUGUGUGUUAAACGCCCGUAAAUUAGCUGCCAGGCUUCCUUGGGCUUGGGUCGCCAUACUGACAUAGGUGUGGAGCUGCUUCAUGAUGGCCUGUCUUCCCUCAAGCAUGUCCAACCUCAUCAGGUCACCGUCAUCAGGGGCAUUGGUGUCUGUGUCCCUGCAGACUCUGUGGGCAUGGUCCUGUAGAAGCAGUGAGUGUGACGCCCACGCUACCCAGCACCAUAUGAGAGAGUGCCCCACCUGACCCCACCCUCCUCCCCCAUCCGUGGAAACUACCCCAUGUGCAUCAUCUUCUUCAAGUUCGAUGCCCGUCCUGCAUCAAAUGCCUACAGGCUCAUUCUAGCUGCCAACAGGGAUGAGGUCUACAGCAGGCUGUCCAAGAGCGCCCACUUCUGGGGAGACGGUGGCGAGAUUCUCAGUGGGUUAGACCUGGAGGAGGGUAAGGAGGGCGGCUCCUGGCUGGGCAUCAGCAGACGGGGCAGGCUGGCGGCCCUCACCAACUACAUGGAUGCCAGGCCCAAUCCGGACCGCCAGGGAAGAGGCUUUCUGGUUUCGAACUUCUUGACAGACAGCAUGGACAGCUACUCCUACCUGAAGAAGGUGUCCUCCGAGAGCCACCUGUACAAUGGCUUCAACCUGUUAACGGCUGAGUUCAGGUCCAAAGGGGACACCACUAUGUGUUACUAUGGAAACAAAGGCAGCGCAGAGCCUGUGGUGCUGAAGCCAGGAAUCUAUGGGCUGAGUAAUUCCCUUCUGGAGACUCCAUGGAAGAAAUUGCAGUACGGCAAGAAUCUGUUCACCAGCGUGAUUGGCCGGGACCUCCCAACGGACGGCUUGGUGCAGGAGCUGCUGCAGGUCCUGAGCAAUCAGGAGAUCCACUCGCCGGACCCAAUCCAGGAGCUCCAGGGGGACGGCUACAGCAGCGCCAUGCUGCGGGCCCUAUCUGCAGUGUGCGUCCGGUCCCCGGGAUACGGCACGAGGACUAACACGGUCAUCCUCAUAGAUGCUUCCGGAAACGUGUCCUUCACGGAGAGAAACAUGCUGCACUGUGACAUCAACCAAUGGGAGGUGAACACCUUCCACUUCAAACUGCAGGAAUGAGGGUGGCAGGGCUCAGUGGAACAUGCUUUGUGUCCCCACCCUCCCCCAGCCUUGCCUCCCCCAUGCGCUCUGAAUGUCAAGUUGUUAAUUUGUUUAAUUAGUACGUCAGGUUUCCCCCCCCCCCUCCAGCAAAAAAAGCCUUAUUUCUCAGUCUUCAUUCACAUCUGUGUGGGAAGACAGUCAGACCCCUGAGACUGGAAAUUUCAACCGUGAUCUCUAACACAAUCCAUGUAACAAAUGGUUUUUCUUUUUUUAAUCUGCGAAUGUUAACUUUAUUAAUAAAAUUUAACCUGCAUAUAUCAAUAAA